CUGUUUUACUUUCACACACACGUUGAGUUGAUGUGUGGACAUCUUGACAGGCAGACAAAUGAAGGGUCGCUGGUCCCAGCCACACAUCCACACUCAGACAGAUGCACAUGCACAUGGCGAUGCAUCAGGCAAAACCUGUCUGUCUGUAUGUAUGUAUGUAUGUAUGUCAGUUUGUCUGGCAGUGAGUAGGCGAGUCGGUCUGUACACUCAGAGGGACGCACACAGCAGUCAGACAGACAGACAGACAGACAAACAUGCAUACGCACGUCUACCCACACAUUAAUUCAACCGCCACGUGUCCCCCCUUCUCUGCACACCCAUCCCUCCCUCGCUCUCUGACUCACCCAAGCACUGGCUAGCGCAUCUACCACAGCACACGAGUGCCGGCACCUCUCCGUCGUCUGAAUGAAUGUGCAGUAGCCCACGAGCGGAUGACAUGCAGUGGCGCGUCGGUCGUCCACAGUCACAGGUCGAAGAGGACGUACUGCCCGUUGUUGCCCUGCCGUUUGCCGUACUCCUUCCACAGUAUCGACACCUUGCGGUACACCCACUCCUGCACACACACACACACAGACGCACAAACACACACACGACCGCGCAGCUCAAUAUAGUAUCGCCCAUCAACCCCACCCCGCCCCAUCCAUCCAUCCAUCCAGGUAUCCGCUCAUGUGAUCACUAACCUCCGUCAUGGGCUGCUCUUCUGUUCCGACAAAGAACAUGAGGAAGCCGUCAAGUUUCUCGUCGUCUGUCAGGCCGUUGGCUGGCUCGCUGACGCCCUGUGGCCCUCUCGUCGCGUGGUGCUCCACCAAAGUCUGCAAGAUUCUGUCGGGGCCGAGAGAGCCUCCGUCGACACCGUGUUGUGUGGCCGCCAGCCGCUUGAUGGCCCUAGCGGGGCUGAGGGCAUGACGCCCGGUGCUCAUCAUCUGACGCAACAAUAAGAGAUCGUCAACCGACUGAAUGAGUCGGAUGUAUCUCGCUGGACCAUGCAGAGCUGUGGUGUCCGCAGCAUCUCUCUGUCUGUCUGUCUGUAAUCCAUACGUACGUACCUGGGAAUUGAGCGCGUCCGUCCUCACAUCGCAAACGUCGCAGGUCAGGUUUGAGCACACUUCCAUCAGGAGAUGAUAGUGCACGAUCUCACACACAUCCAUGGGCUAGGGGUGUAGG